ACGGUUAUGUGUUAUGCAUAAUACUGCAAAAGUAGGACGAACGAAGCUUCGCGCACUUUUAGCAGCCGCAGCCGCAGCCGCAAUCGUGGUAGCAACAUCAACAAUACUUGAGUUCUUGUAAUAUCUCUCUCUCUCUAUAUAUAUAUAUAUAUACACAUACACACACAUGUAUGCACGUAUGUAUUUUCAUGUAAACAUAUAUAUACACAAUUCUCUCUGAUAGCUACUCAUACAUACAAACACACAUCCAGACACAUAUAUAUAUAUGAUGUAUAUGUUUGUAUGUAUGUGAGCGUGUAUACUUAUAUACAUAUCUAUAUAUAUAUUUAUAUAUACACACACAUUAACAGACACUUUUCAGCUUCUCUCCUCUAAAGGAGGAGGUUAUAUUUGGCUGGGCAAAUCUGGGAUUUGUUUAUUCAUUGAAUAUUCGUUAAUAUUUUUCGUUGCGGUUGCUAAAGUUUAAGCAACAAUAUCCACUCUUUUUCUAAAUGUAAUUAUUGCUCUAUGUUGUACCCUUGAGCAAAAAGAAAAAAAGAAACUAAGGAGUAAGUCCUUUCCAAAAGAAAGGAAAAAAAACCCCGGUGAAUUUAGAAAAAAAAAGGGGGUCUUUUGGCCAUCCAGGCUUGUACCCUUAUCAUGCAGUCACCUGUAAUACCCCGUCAUGUCCUGCGCUUCACGCAACUUCUUGGCAGGUUCAUGUCUCAAAGAAAACUUAGCAGCCAACCGGUGAAAUUACAAAACGACAAAAUCAUGAGCCGUAUCAGCGAGAAAUAUAUGAUCGUUGGUCUUGGCCAUGAUAAACUAUCAUUGACCAGACACAGUGUCGGUCUGCAGCUUCUUGACUGUUUGGCCGACGAGCUGAAACUACAAUGGAAAGACGACAAAGAGACUGUGGCCGGACACGUUGCUGUGAGCAAACUUGACGAUGUCAGCCUGAUUCUCCUGAAACCACAGAUUCCAAUGAUGGUAAAUGGAACCAGUGUUUCAAAGGCAGCUCGUCAUUUCGAUGUCCCACCAGAGAAUGUCUACCUCAUCCAUGAUGACAUUGGCCGCAGAAUGGGCAAGAUCGCUUUGAAGAAUGGAGGCUCAGCCAAAAAUUGACAAGACUGAAAAUUGGCAUUGAUCGUCCAGCAGCAAAAGACCAGAUUGGAAUGUACCUGCAGGAAGAAUUUUCACCUGAAGAACAAGUCGUUCUGGAUUUAGUUAUGGAUCUUUGCUUAACAACUUUGUGUCAACAUCUGAAAGAUAAGACAGGAGUGGAUAUAAACGACUUGAAACCAGCCAAUAAAACUUAACAAUCUCAAACAAACAAACAAACGAAAAAAAAACCCCAGUGAUUUGCCUUUUGAAGACGUCUUUAUUUCUCUCACUCUAUCUUUCUCUCCCUUCUUUUUACUCUUUCUCUCUCACAGUUCUUUUUUUCUCUUCUGACAACGAUAGAUAAAUGAAGACGUGUGGUAUUUUUAAUUCUUUUUUUUUGGUUUAAGUCUAACCUUAUUUGCUGAUAGAUAAAAAAGCAUAUUUAUACUUUUAUAUAGUAAAUAGACUGAAAAAGCUAUAACCAGAUAUUUAGAUAUAUAUAAAUAUAAAUGUGCAUAUGAAUGCAUUUGCACAUGCAUACAGAUACAUAUAUAUAAACGCAUAAUAGACAUACAAACAGGUUGAUUCUACUUAUCUCUCUGUAGACUAAAAAAAAUGAUGAACAACCUUAAUCGAUUUUCUAUCCUUAUUGAGGUCUCAUCAGUGAUGUUUAUACACUUGACCAAUCCCAGAGAAAUAAGUAACCAUUCUGUUUACUGGAGUAACUAAUUAGUAUACCAUUAGUGUUUAACACUGCUCACAUUCACACAUAGAUACAUGCAUACAUACAUAGGUAUACAUAGAAAUAUACAUAUAUACAGGCACACAUUGGUACAUAUAUAUACAUAUGUACGCAUACAUUUUUAUACACACUUAAAACAAUAAAUAUAUAUAUAUAUAUAUAUAUAUAUAUAUAUAUAUAUAUA